AUGUUAAAGCGCAUACAUUCAUUCUGGUAUGAUCUGUGGUGUGACCUUGGAUGCUUGUAUGAGAACACAGGUGCUCAAGGGUUCAUAGAUAUGGGAAUACCGCAACAAGCCACUGUAGGGGAAGCAUUAGACAAACCACGAAGGAGAAGACAUCGCAGGGCUAUCUAUAGAGAUAUUGAAGCCCACCUAACUCUGUUUUCGAACGUGAGGGAGCUGUCAGAAACAGAUAUACCUCGCUGGAAAGGAAAAAAUGACAUCUACAGAGACACAUUCCUCUCAAAGGACACAUGGAUGCACAUUCGUCAGGCUAAACCGAGAGUGGACUGGUACAGAGGGGUUUGGUUCCCCCAGACUACCCCAAAGUACUCUUUCCUCACUUGGUUAGCAUUCAAAAACAGACUCGCCACCGGGGACAGAAUAAAGACUUGGAACCGUAAUGCAAACGCUUCCUGUGUCUUCUGCAACGACCCGAUGGAAACCCGGAACCAUCUGUUCUUCGAGUGUGCUUUUGCGAAGAAAGUUUGGGGAACCUUAGCGAAAGGGCUUCUUCUUAAUCGGUUUGUUGUUGACUGGGAUGCAGUGACUGAGCUUCUCAUAAGCCACCAUGGUCUACUACUACCACUUUUCUGGUUUGGUACACUUUCCAAGCCACUAUCUAUUCCAUCUGGAGGGAGCGAAACAAGAGGAAACAUGGAGAGGCGCCUUAGUCGGAGGAUCGCCUGGCAAAACUGA